CCGCUCGUCGAGCUGCGCUUCCUUCUCACCCUCACACUCGCCCUCGCCCCGAAUUCUCGCCGGUGCUCUCAUCUGCGCCCGUGUCCAUCGGCCGUGCUCGGCCCUGUCUUGUCCAUUGCUCCAGUAUAAACAAUCGCUCACUGUUAGCCCACGGGUUCACUCCGUCCACUUCCUGUGAGCGAGUGGCUUCUGCGCAGUGCAUUCUGCGGACCUGGGCCUGAUUUCGAAUCGGCCGAAUUCGAUCGGUGUCGUCUCGCUCGUGCGUGCGUGCGCCGAGGAGCGUAGUGUAGCCGGGAAGGCAGACAUCGACCUCGACAUCAACAUCAAGAUCGAUUUCGUCGGAUCGAUAGAUUGAUCGAGCGAGCGAGCUAGCGAUUGAUCGAUCGAGCAGGUGGAGCGGAGGAAGUCGGGGAUUCCCUCGAGGAGGAGUGGAUUGGAGUGGAUUGGGUCGGAUCGGGCUGGAUGCGAGCCGGGAUUCGGCUGGCGGAGGAGAAUUUAGGCCGACGGAUGCUCGGGGAACUGGGCCGGAAGCAUGAGUGAGACGACGACCGCCGCGCCGCUGCUGCUCCCGUUCAGCAAGAGCGGGAGGGAUGUGGACCACAUUAACGUGCAUCUCAAGCCGACCUGGGACGCGAUGGAGAGGGGGCCGUCGACGCGCGAGCCGUCGCCGCCGUCGCUGAUCCGGCUGCGGAGCGUGCAGAAGACGGUGCGCACGUUGCAGCUCGACCACACGGCCUCGAGCUGGGGCUUCGUGUCGUACAUCGUCGGGCUUCUGCUGCUGGUGGUGGUGCCGGUGUGCAAGGUGCUGUUCGUCAAGUCGCAGUCGGACCUGCCCAAGCGGCAGCUCGUGUUCCAGCCGGUGGUGAUCGUCAUCGGCGUCUCGCGGUCGCUGGUCUCGUUCGUGUUUCUGAGCUACGCCAUCCGCAAGCACGGCCUGCGCGGCGUGCUCUUCCUCGACUCGGUGGCGGCCGAGGUCGCGCAGGUGCGCAAGGAUUACGACACCGUCAUCGAGUUCGGGUCGACAAUGCUCGUCAAGCUCUUCGUGCCGGCCUUCCUGCUCUACGUCUGCCAGCUCACCUGGCUCUACUCGCAAGUCGAUCUCAAGCCGCUGCCCUUCUCCAUCCACAACAAGGUCGCGGACCUGCUCAUCAUCGUCGUCUUCACGGGGCUCUCGUGGAUGUUCCAAACCACGACCUAUCUCUACGCGUGCGUUCUCUUCUGGAAGGUCUGCAAGCUGCAAGAGCUCAAAAUGCGGCAGUACUACGAAAUGCUCACUCUGGGCUUGGACGCCGAGUACUACGUGCUCGAGUACGACCGCAUCAUUCGCGACCUCGGGCACACCAGCCACCGGUUUCGACACUUUCUGGCGUUCACGGGCAUGAUUUCUGUCUCCGGCGCCCUAAUCUCCAUGUACGAGGUGGUGAAUACGUUCCACGAGCAGUACUCGCUGUGCCUGUGGGGAGAGCUCGUCGUGUUGACCGUCGUGAACCUCACGGGCGCGUGGCUGUGUCUGAGAUCUGCGUCGAAAAUCGCCCACCUGCACCGACGGAUCGUGAAACGAGCCUCGUUCAUUCACGCCGAGCGGACGCUCGGCAUGCUGCCGGUCUCGUCGCCCGCAAUGCCCAAAAUCUCAGAAGAUGGCGGAGAGUAUCCCAGCAAAGUCUUGCUCGAAAGGUUGGAGCAGUACUGCCAACGACAGGACGCCUGUGCACGCCGAGCUGCACUAGUGAAUUUUCUGUCGACCUCCGUGGCUGGGAUUUCCGUGUAUGGUUUUAUUUUGGACCGAUUUUUCGUUCAUACCAGCGUUGGAGCUAUCCUGACAACCACCUGGUUCAUAUUGGGAAGAUCCCUGAGCGCGUGAGCGGAUUCCAUUGGACUCGAACGAGUCAAUAUCAUUUUUUUCUCUACGUUGCAAACUCCUCCGACGAUUGCGAGGCCAAUUUUUCAAUUAGUGAGGUAGAGGUGAAUUCCGGGCCAGUACCACCGUGGAUACAUAAAUGUAGAUAGCUCCCAUUGAAUCAACCGAUGGAGCUGGUUGAGAACCAUGUAUUAUAAAGUUCGUCUUCCUUGUAUGGUAGAAUCAUUUGAGGUUCCUGUGAAAGGAUUUUUGUAGAGGAAGUUCCCCGUGUCUUCCCUCUACGCAACUUCCUCCCGUUCACGAGCAAUCCCAGGCCCAGAGAGCCAUCCAAAUUUUUUGAUCCGGGAGGUCGAAGUUGGCGACCAUCGACAGCUUCUCAAGGGUGGUGGUGGUCUAUAGAUCAUAAAACGCCGAUCUUGCUUGUGUGUUAGCGAUUUCUGGCGGGCUCCAACUCAUUAUGUGUGGACUGUGGCACUACGGAGACGCCACCAUCCUCUCCUGUGGUGCCACUUUCUUUUAAGAUUUAAAUUCGUACAGUAAAUUUAGUCGGUGAAACCGACGAAGGCUACUUAUAUGUGAACCCUCUGUACUCUCUCUCGCGUGUUCUCCCGAGACUCUAGCUGAGCGAAUCUCCAUAUGCCACUCUAGCGGUCGGAACAAGUCAGCAUUUGACUGAGAUCCUUCUCCCCUCGCACAGUUGAUCUCGACAGAAUGGAGAACACAUCGGCAAUCUAUCCCCACACAGAACAGUAUGGAUGAGUCACGCGCCAGCAGCAAUGUUGGGCAUGGACGCGCAAGAAGUACGUCUAUACGUCAGCUGGUUUCUAUCCACGUCAGAAGGCCACGGGAAAGUUUUGUGGGUUAGAAGCUCCGACUGGAGAAGGUGUGUUGUGAUGCAACAGUGACCAGAAUAGAUCCAAGAAGAUGAGCAUAUCUCGGGAGGGGAGCUAAGUAUCUGGCAUCCAGGAAGAGGUGGGAUGUUUACUGCUCACGAACCUUGUAGAGUAUAACGCAAUGCAGGAGCUUCCAUGAUGAUAGAUAUUCUGUACCAGUUGCAACAAUAUGCUCAUGCACCGAUGUCAAUGACGAAACUGCAGUCUGCCUCAUGUACUGAUGGUCAAUAAUUGUCGUCAACAAUGGCUAUUUUACAUCAUCUCACCCCAUUAUGCAUAUUCGGAUGCCCUACCGAGUUGUCAACGUGAACGAUAGUGACUAUUGAUCUAUAGUGAGUUCGUUGAAGGGUACAUUUCGU